GUGUUCAAGUAAUCCGCGUCGCACAUGAUUUUCCCUGAGCCCUGCUAAUGCCCCAAAGCUGCAGCUGCCACGCCGGCCGGCCGCGGAGCGCCACACAUCGCCAGUUGCUACACUGAUCAAUAAUUUACCAGCUCGACACUGAUAUUUACUCACAGCAGUUUAAAAUCGCAGAGGGGAACGUGUUUUUAAAUGCAGCGCCAGUAAGCGUUAGCCAACAGGAAAGAUCCCUUGGCGGGUCCCUCCGGUGCGUCUACGGAUCAGACUGUCGCAAUGUGCACUACUCGUGUUUAGUGACUGACCGCGACGGUCGCUUUCAUCUGUCUGAGACGGUUGCGAGACAGACGGGGGUCCCGUUAUGGUGCAGCGAGUCGGACACGCAUUCUUUGUCCAAGACGAACAGGAACUGACUUUAGCACAUAAAUAAACGAACGAAAUCACUCACGGUCACACUCGCUCUUCACGCGUGAACCGACCGCAGCGGAGAAUCCUCCGGUCGGCGCAGCUUUCGCGAGGCUCGGCCGAUGACAGCGGGAGAAUGAUAUUUUAAGAAGAAACGGAACUGUUCAAAUUAUACGAGCAGCAGCCCGGGAAGGGGGGUAAUCCUUCAAUCGGUCCGUUCGGUGGCGGAGAAUACUUUACUUUUACAGACGGAACAAACUCUGGGAAACAGCCCGACUUGUUGAGCUCUUGUUUCGCUUCCGGCAUCACUGAAGAAAGCGACGGGUGCACCGGCUCCCUCUCCUCUUCAUUUUUGGACGCUGAAGGUUUUUAAAGAAAAAUGGGUCUUUGAGGAGCGCUGGCAGAUCCCCUGAACUACAAUGGCCACGGAGUCGUAUCUGCUGCAUGAAGGUCCCCACCGAGCCCCAGGCAUCUCCGAGUGUUUCCUAGUGCCUGAAUCCUACAGGGAUGAAUUCCAUCCCUUCAUCGAGGCCCUACUCCCGCACGUGCGAGCUUUCUCCUACACCUGGUUUAACCUGCAGGCCCGCAAGCGCAAAUACUUCAAAAAGCACGAGAAGCGUAUGUCCAAGGACGAGGAGCGCGCCGUCAAAGACGAACUCCUGGGCGAGAAGCCUGAGAUCAAACAGAAGUGGGCGUCGCGGCUGCUGGCCAAACUGCGCAAGGACAUCCGGCCGGAGUUCCGUGAAGACUUCGUGCUCACCAUCACUGGAAAGAAACCACCUUGCUGCGUCCUGUCUAACCCCGACCAGAAGGGCAAGAUCCGCCGCAUCGACUGCCUGCGGCAAGCUGACAAGGUCUGGCGUUUGGACCUGGUGAUGGUGAUUCUGUUCAAGGGAAGUCCUCUGGAGAGCACGGACGGAGAGAGACUGGUCAAGUCGCCGCAAUGCUCUAACCAUACCCUGUGCGUGCAGCCGCACCACAUCGGAGUGUCCGUCAAAGAGCUGGACCUGUACCUUGCCUACUUCAUCCAUAUGCCAGAAUCUGGGCAAUCAGACAAUUCCAGUCAACAAGGAGACUCAGACAUCAAACCGCCUCAGAACGGACAUCUGAGUUUUCAGGACUGCUUUGUUACUUCAGGGGUCUGGAACGUAGCUGAGCUAGUACGAGUGUCUCAGACCCCGGUUGCAACAGCAUCAGGUCCUAAUUUCUCACUCGCAGAUCUUGAAAGUCCCGGUUACUACAACAUCAACCAAGUAGCACUCGGCAGACGUUCGCUUGCCUCUCCUCCAUCCACAAGGUCUGAGGUGGAGCUGUAUGGCAGUCUUCCACGAAGCUCUAAUAAGCGUAAGUCUAUUGAUGACAGUGAGAUGGAGAGUCCAGUCGAUGACGUCUUCUUCACCAGUCGUUCGCCGGCUGGCACCAGUUCCCAGUCCAGUGGCUGGCCUAAUGACGUUGAUGCAGUUGCAGUGCAGCACCAUUUGUCGAGUGUUCAAGAGAGGAAGAUAAAACAUGAGAAUGAUGGCGUGCAGUUCCCAUACCAUGGGCUGUGCUCUCCCGGGUCUCUAAAGAAGCCAGCGGGGAAAUUCGAUUUCAGCGCCCUUUCAGCACAGACGAGGUCCCCCCGAAUGGCCUUCACACACCACCCGCUGCCCAUGCUGGCAGGCGUGAGACCAGGAAGUCCUCGUGCCUCAGCCUCUGCCCUUCAUUUUCCUGCCCCCUCCAUCAUCCAGCAGUCCAGUCCAUACUUCACCCACCCCACCAUCCGCUACCACCACCAUCAGGACCCGCUUAAAGAGUUCGUCCAAUUCGUCUGUGCUGACGGCUCGGGGCAGCCGGGUGCACAGCCUAACGGGAGUGGUCAGAACAAACUGCCCGGCUCCUUCUUACUGCCACCUCCUCCUCCGGUAGCACGGCCGGUGCCGAUGCCCCUCCCCCUGUCCGAGCACAAACCCAGCCAUACACACCCCGAGAGCGGAGUCGGCUCCCCGGCCUCGCCCUCAUACCCAGCGUCAGGCUCCACAGCUUCCAACAGGUUUGUCGGCAUCGGAACACGGGACAACAACUUUCUGAACAUCCCACAGCAGACUCAGUCAUGGUUCCUUUGACGAGACUUUUCAUGAAACACACAGGCACAAAUCCGCAAUGAAAACUGGAAAUGUCUCUGAGAGUCACAAAGCUAAGUAUGGAACUUACAUGCCCCUCUAAAGUCUCACUCACACAGACACACCAUAUACAAACACAAUUCCUGAAAACAUUGGCAUAUAUAUAUACACACUCAAUUCCGGAUGAGGAAUCUGGGGUACUUCAGCAUGACCCCUCUAGUCUCGGAGAACACUCUACGCUGACGACGGAUGACCGGAUGGAAAAAGCAUUCAGAAGAAAUGACAAUAUACCAAUCAUAUGCCAUUGUGAGGAAAAUCCAUAUCUUGCCUGUCAGAACUCAUUUUGAUUGUACUCUAGAAAUGAAAUGUAUCCUGGAUGAUGUUAAUCAUGGACUCCACAUUGAUCUGCUCCACAUCGGACACGCAUUUGAUUGGCUAGAGAAACUCAACUGAACUCUUUUGAUUGGCUCAGCCUUCAGUGCAGUGUGAACUCAUCCACUUCCUGUUUAAUUGUGGACAAGCAAUAGACUGUGAGUGAAACAGUCAAACAACACGGAACACUAACCGUGGUCAAUUUUAUUGAAAUGAUCAAUGGUAAGGGAUGACAGAUAGUUUGGCCUCAGAUUUGCAAUGCGAUUUUCUACAUGUUUCAAUGACAAUGUGUUCGUGUGUGCAUAUAAAUGCACGCACACACACACACACACACACAUGCACACACACAGAUCACUUCUCAUCAUAGCUUGAGCAAAGCAACAGAACAUGCAAAUACACAUUUCAAUGACAGCACUACAGUGAGACAGAGGCAGUCAUAACAUAUCACAACAUCAUAUAGAGAACCUGGCUUUUAGUUUUAUGACAGUAAUGGGAAGAAGGGUCAAGCACGAUUGACUGUUGUUUUGGGGUUAAACCUUAAUUAUACAAUAUAUAUAUAUAUAUUAGAAUUCUUUCAUUAUGUAGUGUUGAUGAAUUAGAAGGUCAGCGAUUUGAGUUAUACACUCUAGUUGGAUGCAUUAAUGGGGGUUUUAGCACCACCAUCAUUCAAUCUGAGUGCUUGAGCAUCCACAUAUACAGGAUCCUACAGUAGCCCUACACACAAGGGCUUGUUCUACUUUUCUUAGGUUUGGUUUUGCAGUACAUUUUCAGGGGAAAAUCUCACAAAACCUGUCAAGAUCAUGUUUGUGUCACCCCUAAAUCAAAAGAAUAAAAAUAAUGCAAAUAAGAAAUUGGGACAAAUAUCCACUGAGAAUUUAAAACAUUGAGAAUUAAAACUGAAAAGUAAAAUGUUGAGACGCAUUUAGGUAAUGAUCAUUUUUCCUGAUUUAAAAAAAUAGUCAUACAAUUAUUAUUUUUUAUUUAUUUUAAAACAAUUAAAAUUAUUGUAUUACAGUAAUAACCAUUAAAAACUUAAAAUCUAAAGUAAAAUGUCAAGAUGCAUUCAGGUAAUGACAAUUUAUGCUGAGUAAAAAAAUACGGUAGGACGAGUUUUUACUGUUAUACAGUAAAAUUUCUGUAAGAAUUUAAAUUCAUAAGUAAAUCUUGAGACACAUUAAGGUAAUGACAGUUUAUGCUGAUUUAAAAAAAAUAUUCCAAUUGAAUUAGUUUUUUUUACUGUAAUACAGUAAAAUUACUGUAUUAAAGUUAUGAGAAUGACCAUUGAGAAUUAAAACUCUAAAGUAAAAUGUCGAGAUGCAUUAAGGUAAUGAAAAUUUAUGCCGAGUUAAAAAAUACGGUAGUACGAGUUAUUUUUUACUGUAAAACAGUAAAAUUACUGUAUUAAAGUGAUGAGAAUGACCAUUGAGAAUUAAAACUCUAAAGUAAAAUGUCGAGAUGCAUUAAGGUAAUGAGAUUUUAUUCUGAUUUAAAAAAUACUGUAACAUUUUUUUUUUACUGUAAAACAGUAAAAAAAAAAUCAUAUUAGAGUAAUUAAAUUUUUUAAUGCUUAUUCUUAAUACUGUAAUACAAUGAUUACAUGUCAUGACACAUUAAGGUAAUACAAAUUUAGGCUGAUUUAAAAUAUACUGUAAUACAAUAAUUUUAACUGUUUUACAAUAAAAACAAUUAUUGUAUUAAAGUAAAAAGAAUAACCAUUAAAAACUAAAAAUCUAAAGUAAAAUGUUGAAAUGCAUUUAAGUAAUGAAAAUGUAUGCUGAGUUAAGAAAUACGGUAAUGCAAGUUUUUUUACUGUAAAACAGUAAAAUUACUGUAUUGUACUUAUGA